GACAUAAGAGGGAGAGGGGGGAAGAGAGAGAGAGAAACAAGCAAAGGAAAAGCGAUACUUCACCAAACAAAGGUUUCCUAAGAAAACUGCUAUUCCUCUAGCCUCUGUCUCACCACAUCUGCUAGAGUUUCUGAUGGAAGGCCGGACGACGACUGUCAACAUGCUCGCUGGAGCUGAGCUGACCCUCAGCUUGCCUGGUGGAGAUCAUGGAGCCGAGGUCGAAGUCGUACGAGCCAGCGGAAAGAGAGGGUUUUCCGUGACUGAAGUGGACCUCAAACUCGACCUCAAGGCAAAGGAGUCACCACAUAUGGAUCCAUGUAACUACACCCAGGAGAAGAUGAAAUCGGAUCCUGCAAAGCCACCAGCCAAGGCUCAGGUUGUCGGUUGGCCACCAGUGCGGUCAUACAGAAAGAAUAUUGUGGCUCAUAACAACAAGAGCAGUGCUAGUGAGGAGGCCGGUGAGAAGGGAAUCAUGAGCAGUACCGGAGGCGUGGCAAGUGCAGCGUUCGUGAAGGUUUCCAUGGAUGGAGCGCCUUACCUCCGUAAGGUUGACUUGAAGAUGUACAAGAGCUACAAGCAGCUGUCUGAUGCCCUAGGGAAGAUGUUUGGUUCUUUUACUACAGGGAAUUAUGGAGCUCAUCAAGGGAUGAUAGACUUCAUGAAUGAGAACAAGCUAAGGGAUCUUUUGAGCGGCUCCGACUAUGUUCCCACAUAUGAAGACAAGGACGGGGAUUGGAUGUUGGUCGGCGACGUUCCUUGGGAGAUGUUUGUUGAUUCGUGCAAGCGCCUGCGAAUUAUGAAAGGUUCCGAAGCUAUUGGUCUUGCUCCAAGGGCGAUGGAGAAAUGUAAGAGCAGAAGCUGAGAUGAGCCUUUUGUCGGUUGAGAGACUUGCAGCAUAUGAUCACAUGUAGCUAAGGUUAAUUAAGGAUAAAAGAGAUCGAUGAUGUCAUGUGGCGUUAUGCCUUUUGAUCAGUGUAUCUUCAUAUAUUAAAAUUUCCACUGUUUCUUUUUCUUUUUAUAAUGUUUUUUCAGCUUUUACAUUGCUUGUGUUUGUACAUAUAUAAUAUAUGGUUGUUGCGAUAUUUGUAGUGGGACAUAAGCAAACGUACGUAACUCCAGUUCCUUGCGCUGUUGUUUGGCUUGCUUGUUGAAUCGGUAAAAACUUCAACGUGUGUGUGUUCUGCUUC